ACUGCCUUUGUGUAGCAGGUUCGGUUGAGGCACAGGGCAGCCAAGAUGGCGGCGGCGGCGGUAGCAGGAGGAGUAGUGGAGGUGGCGAUGAUGAUGGCGACCGUAGUAUCGGCGGCGGCGCUGGUGUCGGAGAGAGUGGCUGUGGCAAUAUGAAGCGAGGUCGUCCCGGCGGCUGAAGAUCAGUCUUCCUUCGUCGUUCAGUAAAAAAAAUACAAUUCACAACUGAGGGAGUUCUCUGCUUCUCUUCUCAUGCGAAGUUUUUUUCUUUUGGGGGAGGGAAGGAAACACAGUGUAGAAUUGAAACAAGACAGUUUACUGAAAUAACAUAAAUGAUGAAAUUAAAGCAAAACCAGACUCGGACUUACGAUGGGGACGGGUACAAGAAGCGAGCGGCCUGUUUGUGCUUCAAAAACGAGAGUGAAGAGGAGGUUUUGUUGGUUAGCAGCAGUCGGUAUCCAGACAGAUGGAUUGUUCCAGGAGGUGGCAUGGAGCCUGAUGAAGAACCAAGUAUGGCAGCUGUCCGAGAAGUCUGUGAAGAAGCUGGAGUCAAAGGGACAUUAGGAAGAUUAGUAGGAAUAUUUGAGAAUCGAGACAGAAAGCAUAGAACAUAUGUAUACGUUCUGGUAAUAACAGAGGUGUUAGAAGACUGGGAGGAUUCAGUUAAUAUUGGGAGAAAAAGGGAAUGGUUCAAAAUAGAUGAUGCCAUUAAAGUUCUUCAGUGUCAUAAACCUGUACAGGCCUCGUAUUUUGAAACCUUCAAACAAGGCUAUUUGGCAAAUAACGGAACUCCUGUUGUUGCAACAUUAUCUGAAGAAAAGGCCUCAACUUAUGCGAAUCAGAGUUCAGUAUCGAGUAUUAGAUGACUGAGAGGAGCUCCACAGUAAUUGACUUAUCAUACAUUGAGUCCCAAAGGCAUGGACUUGAAAAAUGUUCAGUGAAAGAAUGUUUGAACUAGUUUGCUUCUAUACAUUGUACAUGUAUAAAUAAACUUUGCAUGGAGACCUGCACAGUGUUGAUAACGAUACUUUAUAUUGUGAUGUAAAAUAUAGUGCUGAAGAUCAAAGCCAUAACUAGUAAGUGUUUUUUUGUUAGAUAUUGUAUAUUUUUGAUAGGAUUGUGAAAUUAAGGUACCGGUGUUACAUCCACCUCUCCCCAAGGUAUCCUGUAGAAUUGCUAAUUGUGAGGUGAAUGGAUUUCAACCUAGGGAUAUUGUUUGGUUGCCAAAUAGGUAUUGAUUUUAGUUCUCUGCAACUUUUUAUAUAUAGCUUUUGUAAACUUUUUGCUGGCUUUAUCACCUGCACUACUACUGUUUACGUAGUUUAAAAAAAGAAGCUACGGAACUGCUGGAUCACUGACUUGUCCUACUUUUGUGGAAUAACAUUCAUGACAUAUGUUUCAUCAGUGCUUUUGGUAGCUUGUUUUAAAAAAAACUGCUCAUGGAGAUCUCUAAAGCAUUUUACCUUAAGUAAGACAAUUUCAAGCCAUGUAUAUUGGGUCUUGCUCUCUGUGGAGCUUUGAAUUUUAUUCAGUUUAGCAGUACACUUUGUGUGUCUUGGCUUAAUUUUUCCAGAUCUCUGCUAUUCUCCUUAUUCCAUCCUACACUGGACUUAAAGGAUGUUCUUUGCAGGCAAUUCAAGGUCUUAACAGAGCUGAGAAUUUGAUGUUUUGAAUUUUGAUUGUGUUUUUGUUCUUGCAAUUUAAAAAUGACACUGUAUCCCAUUUAAGCACUUAAACUGCGUAGCCUAUUUUUUUAAAUUCAAGUUUUGGAUUAGUGAAAUGUGGAACAAGAAUUGCCCAAUACACGACACUUUCCUUUCUCUGUUAGGAAAGAAAAACCAAGGAAGUUUAAAAAGACAGAAAUAUAGCACUUUCUUUUGAAAGGAGUGCUGUUGAUCAUCAAAACAAUUUCAGCCUGCUUAGUUUGUUUUAUUUUCAAUCAAUACAGGAAUCUCAAUUGCCAUAGAAUAUUGUUCUUAAAUCUUGUACAGUCUAUGAGCUGACAAAAGAUUGUACCUCCACCUCUGUGGAGAAAGGAACGUUGCUGGAGAUAAACUAAUCUCUCAGUUGAGAAAAGGAAUUUAAUUUUAAAAAGUCACAUCCAGACAGAUAUCCCUUUAUCUAGUUCAGUCAGUUUUAAAAAGUUGUGUACAUAAAUGUUCACUAGUGUAGAACUGUGGAAGACUAACAUCAUUGUACAAAUUUUUUUUUGGCAACCUUUUUUCCCCAAAUCAUAUUUUUUAAGAUGUUUGAAGAUUUGAAAGUCUAGAACUAUAUUGCUUUGCACAGGUGAAGAAGUGACUUGAAUCCCUGGUUUAGAGCUGAGGGUUUAAAGCAAACUGGAGCAAUGUCAGACAAGCAAGUUUCCACUAAAGCAUUGCCCUAUUCUCUAGUGAUGUUUGAAAGUGACAACAAUUCUUAGUUGUUUACUCUCACGCUAGCACAUUUUCAGGUAUGUACUUGUGACAAAUGACGUUUCAGUUAAUGUAAAAUUGAGUACUGAAUCUUAAAAGCUGUUUUGUACUUCUGAAGAACAGAUAGGAAAAUCUUGUGCAGAAGUGAAGCCAGUGGAAUCUGUCACUUAUGACCACUUAAUUUAUCUGCAAUUAAUGCAGUGUAUAUACAUGCCAUUUUUUGGUGCUUUCCUGUGUGAAGCCUUAGAUGGAAGGGGUAAGUGUUAGAUUUUACAAUGGUCAGUAUCAAGAAUGAGACAUGUUAUUCCUUCCCUUCACCUUUUAAUGCACCCAUUAUACAACAGUUGGAGAUUCAGUCACUGGAGGAAGUGUCUUAUUUUACCUGACUUGAGUGUGAUACACAUGAGGCAAGAGAUUGAUGAUUGUAAUAAACCUGUGCCAACAAAUAAAAACUCAGCAGUAUUUCAAAAACCAAGUGCUGACUUUUUCCCCUCCCCUUGCACUUCAUAAGUAUGACAAUCUUAUCCCUAAUGUAAAUUACAGUAAAUAUCACACCAAUAUUUAGUUUGUGGCAGUGAAGAAAAUGUUUAAUUUUUUUUGUAGUUUUUUUCUGCCAGUCAUCGUAAAUCUGUCAUCCCAGUGAUCCUUUUUGUCAUAAGCACAACUGCACCUUAUUUACUCCAUUUAAAUACCUCUCCAAUUCUCUCAAACUCAUUUUGUUCUGAGAAUAGUUGCAAUUUCUCCGAUCUCUGCACAUAACUUUAUUACGAGGGCUGAAGGAUUGAGGUUGCAAAGCUGGAAUUGAUGAUGGAUACCAGGGGGAAGUUGUACCUGGCAUAUAGGGAGAUGGUUGUUGGAAGUUAGUCAUCUCGCUCUACGAUGUCUCUACAGCAUGGAUAUCGUAACCACACUCCCUUCUCACAAAUGGCUACUAUAUUUCAAGGGAACUCAUGAUUAAUAUGCAAAGAUUCCAACUGAAAUAAUGGCAGCUAGUAGUGAAAACUUUUAUUUCACUGAUUUUAGUAU